AUGUCCGCCGCCGAAGGUCAAGAAGAAUUGCUUGAUUACUCCGACUCGGAGGAAGUUGCCGUUGUCACCAACGACCAGGCUCCCGCCGGCGACUCCGCCGCCGCUGACGGCGCCAAGGAAGACGGCGACGGCGAUAAAAAAGGGUCGUACGUCGGUAUCCACGCCACCGGGUUUCGUGACUUUUUGUUGAAGCCUGAAUUGUUGCGUGCCAUCGGUGACUGUGGGUUUGAACACCCUUCGGAAGUGCAACAAGUGUGUAUUCCUCAAUCGAUCUUGGGCACCGAUGUCCUCUGUCAAGCCAAGUCCGGUUUGGGUAAGACCGCCGUGUUCGUGUUGCUGACGUUGCAACAAUUGGACCCUGUCCCCGGUGAAGUGCUGACGAUCAUUAUCUGCCACACCCGUGAAUUGGCCUACCAAAUCAAGAACGAAUACGCCCGUUUCGCCAAGUACAUGCCCCUGGUGAAGACGGAGGUGUUCUACGGUGGUACCUCGGAAAAGAAGGACAUCGCUCUUUUGAAGGAUAAGGAAACUUGCCCCCACAUCGUCGUCGGUACCCCGGGCCGGUUGUUGCUGUUGGUGAAGGAAAAGGCGUUGAGACUCAACAACGUCAAGCUGUUUGUCAUCGAUGAAUGUGACAAGGUGUUGGAACUGUUGGACAUGCGCCGUGACGUCCAGGAAAUCUUCAGAGCCACCCCUCACCAAAAGCAGGUGAUGAUGUUCUCGGCCACCUUGUCGCAAGACAUCCGUCCCGUGUGCAAGAAGUUCAUGCAAAACCCGUUGGAAAUCUACGUCGACGACGAAGCCAAAUUGACCUUGCACGGUUUGCAACAAUACUACAUCGAGUUGGAAGAACAGGACAAGAACCGCAAGUUGCUGGACUUGUUGGACUCGUUGGAAUUCAACCAGGUGAUCAUUUUCGUCAAGUCGACUCGCCGGGCUGAGUCGUUGAACACUUUGUUGUGCCAAUGCAACUUCCCCUCGAUCGCCGUCCACGGUGGUUUGCCUCAAAAGGAACGUAUCGAAAGAUACCGUUCGUUCAAGGAAUUCAACAAGCGGAUCUGUGUUGCCACCGACGUCUUUGGUCGUGGUAUCGAUAUCGAACGGAUCAACUUGGCCAUCAACUACGACAUGCCCCCUGAAGCCGACCAGUACUUGCACCGUGUCGGUAGAGCCGGUAGAUUCGGUACCAAGGGGUUGGCGAUCUCGUUUGUGUCGCUGGAUGAAGACAAGGAAGUGUUGAAGAAGAUCCAAGAGAGAUUCGACGUCAAGAUCACCGACUUCCCCGCCGAAGGUGUCGACCCUCUGACCUACAUGAACACUUAA